CGGCUUAAAGUUCCAGUUAUCGGCCAGCUUCACCGUGAAUGCGUGCUUGCUCCUAGUGCAAAUAGAAACCGACUUGUGAUGUAAUUCAAGGCCUGAAACCCGCGAAGAGCGGCCACUUAAUUCUCAGUCGAACGGCUGACAUUUUGUAUUGGUGUUUAGUGGUGUCGGAUUUGCACUUGUUGAGCCUGAACGGGAACUGGGGGGAAUAAAAAAAUGGGAAAUACGGGAACAAGCGAGCGCGGUUCUCUGUCGCAGUUGUCGGUGAAGUGUUUUUAGAAACGGACCACGGAAAUCGUUUCUCGCCUUUUCAUGCGGGUGCGUUUUCGGUCUUACAGUCGUUACUUUUUAAUUAGGGGGCGUUCGUACGUUUAUUUUAUAAAUUGGAGCAAUUACAUUCACCGCGUUGCGGUUGCAAAAUGAGAAUAACAUUAGAGCUGACCGUACUGUUUUUUAAAAAAUCAUUAACUCGGCUGUAAACCAAAGCGCACCUUAAACCUAAGUGUAGCAUACGCGGAGUUCAAAUAUGAGGGGUCAUCUGUCGUCUUCACCGACCUCGGCACCCGGGGGUGCGUAUUAUCGUUAUCUUCCAAACGGGGGUAGUCGACACAACAGCCCUGCGAGAGGCGGACAUACGGUGACUACGGUGAACGACUUGUGCGAUCGUACUAUUGUCAGGGUCCGACGAUCCGGAAUGCAGCAGGAGCGAAUCAGGGUUGUUUGUACCACCAGAAGACAACACGUUAGCAGAUUAGUCACUGUAUCGGACGUCUGUCACAAUUUGCCGCCCCUCAGGAAGCACGUCACUGUUAUAAGUUUUCCCCAAAAACUGGAGCGCUCGCAAGUGAUUAAUUCGAUGGGAUCCUCUGACCACAUGCGAGAACAAACUUACAUUCAAGCUCCGAAUUAUAUUCAAACGCAAAACUAUAGCACGCCAGCAGUAAGUCCAGUUUACUGCCGUCCAUCACCGAACAACCCCUCGUACGGACCUGGAGUCCAGCAACUCCAUAAAAAAGGAUCGUUAAGAAACGGAGACAUCCUGAAACGUUCCAGGGUUCAAACAACGUACGAACUAUCGCAAGACAUAUUGGAUAAACAAAUCGAAGUAUUAGAACGUAAAUAUGGCGGAAUACGGGCAAGAAACGCGGCCCUCACCAUUCAAAGGGCGUUUCGCCGCUAUACAUUGCUUAAAAAAUUCGCCGCCAUUACGGCCAUGGCCAAAGCGGAAAAACGAAUUAGUAGAAGACUUCCGCCGCCGAACGAUGAAUGCAAAGGUAAUAUGGAAGUGGAACAGCAAUGUCCAGAAUAUAUGCGGAAUAGUUACGAAGGUCAUGAAUGUAAUAACAUACGCGCUCUUCCAGUUAGGUCAAUGUCUUUACGUGAAAGAAGAAACAUUGAUAAUAUGCCGAUACCGAGAAGCCAAUCGGGAACGCCCACUGUCGUAUGUUGGGAAAAUUAUUCAUCCUCCUCUUCCCUACAACAUUAUUACUCCCCUACCGAAUCCAAAGUGGAUUCUUUGAGUUCGACCGUAACAGCAAGUCCGAGCUCUUGCAGUACCCCGACGACAUCGUCGAAUGGUUACAUGCGAGCUCGAAGUAUAAGCAGCAGAAAGGUGCCGCCGGAAGUGCCGAAACGUACUUCGAGCAUUACUUCGAGAUCGAUAGAACAGGGCCGGCAUAAGUCGAACGGAUUGUCGAAAAAUGCGGAAAACGGAUCGUUAUCGAGCGUACAAAGUUCCGGAAGUGACAGCAGCAUAUCGACCGAGAGAAUACAGUGCGAGUUUUCGGGCUCGCCCGUUUGGAAAAGGAAAGGCAAUAAUUUAUCGGAAUACGCGGAACCGACGCUGGAAACUAGUUUAGGGAAUAUAUCCAACGCUAGUUCAUCGACUUAUACUUUGGUCGAAAGGACCACCGAACAACAGCCCGCCCAAAGUUACAAGAUAUCGGAGACCAUAAGGAAAAGACAAUAUCGCGUCGGUUUGAAUUUGUUUAAUAAAAAACCCGAACGGGGGAUAGCUUAUUUGAUUAGGCGCGGUUUCUUGGAAAAUUCGCCGCAAGGUGUCGCCCGGUUCCUGAUAUCUCGUAAAGGAUUAAGCAAGCAAAUGAUCGGCGAGUAUCUCGGCAAUUUGCAGAAUCCCUUUUGUAUGGCCGUUUUGGAAUGUUUCGCCGCCGAAUUGGACCUUUCCGGAAUGCAAGUGGACGUCGCUUUAAGGAAAUUUCAGCAGCACUUUAGAAUGCCGGGUGAAGCGCAGAAGAUCGAAAGAUUAAUGGAAAUUUUCUCGCAACGGUACUGCCAGUGCAACGUAGACAUCGUAGCCCGAUUGCGUUCGCCGGAUACGAUUUUCGUGCUGGCAUUUGCAAUAAUUAUGUUAAACACGGAUUUGCAUACUCCAAAUAUUAAGGCGGAACGUAGAAUGAAAUUGGAAGAUUUUAUAAAGAAUUUGAGAGGCAUUGACGAUUGCGGAGAUAUCGAUAGCGACAUGUUGACGGGGGUUUAUGAAAGGGUCAAAGCCAAUGAAUUUAAGCCCGGUUCCGAUCACGUCACGCAAGUAAUGAAGGUUCAGGCAACAAUUGUGGGCAAAAAACCUAAUAUGGCCCUACCGCACCGCAGAUUAGUUUGUUACUGUAGAUUAUAUGAAAUUCCUGACGUUAAUAAAAAGGAAAGACCCGGGGUCCACCAAAGAGAAGUAUUUUUAUUCAACGAUUUGUUGGUCAUUACGAAGAUUUUGAGCAAGAAAAAGUCUUCCGUCACCUAUACCUUCAGAAAUAGCUAUCCUUUGUGUGGAAUGAUCGUCACAUUAUUUGAAGUUCCACAUUACCCAUACGGGAUUAAACUAAGUCAGAGAGUGGAUCAAAAAGUGUUAGUCACGUUUAACGCUCGAAACGAACACGACAGAUGUAAAUUUGCCGAAGAUCUAAAAGAAGCGGUAAGUGAAAUGGAUGAAAUGGAAAACUUGCGAAUUGAAGCCGAAUUAGAGCGACAAAAAUCGAACAGAGCAAACAGAUCAGGAUCUGAAAAUCGAGACAGUGGUGUAGCCGAUGUAGAAGUUUGUCCUUGUCAAUGUCCGUGUUCGCAAAAUCAAGCAGUAGGUACCAACGACAUGUGUCCCGAAGAAGUAGCCCACGACGCACAAAUUAAAAGAUCUGCCUUGAGUAAUUCCCUGCUGGACAUUCACGAGCAAUUUGCAGGAGACAAGGCCCAAAGACGUGGCAGCGUCGGAUCGUUGGAUAGCGGCAUGUCGGUGUCAUUUCAGUCUACUUCAGCGAGUACCUGUUCCCGUUCUGACAAACUAGCCGGCAAGCAAAAUAAGCAAGGCAUUCAUAACCAUCAAGGAUUUUUAGGCGGAUUGUUUAACAAAAGACAAGCGGCGGGAAAUAUUAACAACGCAGCGAAAUCAACAGAAGUUUAGGAACAUAAGUACAAUAUGGGAUUUUUUCAAAGAUCUUUUCAAUGUUAGUUAGAACAUAAAAACUUCAACUUGCCCAAGACAUGUUUGUGUUAUUGUACACUUAGCUUUUUACAUAGUUUAGGUACUGUGUACCUCAAUAUAAUUAAAACUUAUUUGGGUUAUAAAAUGAUUUUUCAAAGUGGUUUCAUAAAAUUUAAUGUGCAUGCUACGAAACUAUUCAGAUAUUAUCCCACUCACAGAUGGAUUGUCAUAUCAGAGUACCCGCGGGCUCUUAUCGAUAAUCUCACCGACCCUUUUAUAAGUGUUACCAAAUAUAUUACCUAUGGCUGUUUCAACUUCGCACAAUGCGAGUAUAAAACUAAAGGUAAAAUAGAUAGUUACUACUACCAAAUUGCAAGUGGAAAUAUAUAUAUAUAUAUAUAUAUAUAUAUAUAUAUAUAUAUAUAUAUAUAUAUAUAUAUAUAUAUAUAUAUAUAUAUAAAUACGAAAACGCCCUACAAGCAACACCAUUUGUAGUAAACUCAAAUCGAUAUGUUAUGCUAUUUUUUUUUCUCCAAAAUUACCGGAAUUGUUCUUAAAAUCUUAUGUAAAUAAGGAUAUUUACGCAUAUUCGAUGUAAAGAGAGUGAAACACAUGUUCUAGUCGAGUGUAUAUAGUUAGGAAUCUCGUACUACUGAUAUUAAAUUAAUUUAAUCUGAUGUGCAUUAAGUGUUUUUUUAAUAACUAAUAAACAGUUCAGUCUA